AAAGUCGUAACCUGCUCCAUUAUCCAUGGACAACACACAACUCUCUCUCUCUCACAUCAACUUCCGUACCUGUCGCCUUCUAUUUAAUCGCAUUUAAUCCACGCGUUUGGCGUCCGACAUUGCGUCGGUUGAUGUCACCACAAUCUUCUUCUUGACUCAAAAGUCGUAACAGCGAAACAAGCUUCGACCUUUAUCGCGUUAACCGAAAUUGCGGCGAGAAAAGCUGACAUCUUUAUUGUUUACAUUAAAGCUCCGGCGAGAAAGCCCUUAGCUUUAUAUUGCUAAAUCGAAUCUCCGGCGAGUUUUCACGGGCCGUUGAAAAAUGAAUCGGAAUCGAAGAAGAAACGUUCACCAGCCUCACGGAUGUUUGGGUCGGAUGGUAAACCUAUUCGACUUCGGAACAGUUGGUUCUGGGAAGAAACUUCUCACUGAUAAACCCUACUUCGAUGAUGGGUGUAUAAAGAGGAAUCAACUUGAUCUGAUAGAAGAUAAAGUUGAUACAAUUGCAGUCAAUGGAACACCAAUAAAGAAGCUUUUAGAGGAAGAGAUGUCAAAAGAAAUGGAAUUGACGGUCGGUUCGACGAAUUUGGUUGCCAAGUUAAUGGGUCUUGACUCUUUUCCACAUGCUAACAGCUCGAAGCCUCGGCUUAGGAGGUCACUAAGUCAUGGAGAGUGUAGAGAUGUCUUUGAGAUUUUGGAUAAACCAGGUAUGGACAUUGUCCGCGAGAAGUUCUUGGAGGCGAAACGUUUGGUCACAGACGAGAAGCUUCGUCAUUCGGAGGAGUUUCAAGAAGCUAUGAAAGUUUUAAGUUCGAACAAAGAGUUGUUCCUCGAGUUUUUGCAAGAGUCCAAUAACUUCUUCUCUCAUCAUCUCACGGAGAAGUCGAAGCGGAUCACUAUUCUGAAGCCUUCAAAGACCAUUGAUGAUGAUGAGAAGUUGGGUGAAGAAGCAGCAGCCGUUGAAGAAGAUUAUCCGAAGAAGCAAUCAACUAGAAUAGUUGUUCUGAAACCUACUAAUGGCCUUGUCACAAAGGCUUCAUCAUGUCCAACGUCGCCGAGAGGUUUACUUGAGGAGAGAAAGGCAAAAGAUGUGGUGGCUAGGAGAGUGAAGAAACAGGAUGAAAAUUCACAUUCUUCUGUCUUCUCCAACGGCUAUAUAGUUGAUGAUAGUUAUGAUGCAGAUUCCGAAAUCAUGUCGCCUGUUUCUAGGCAUUCAUGGGACUAUAUCAACAAGUAUGACAGUCCUUUCUCUUCUUCUUCUCCUUUUAGCAGAGCUUCUGGCUCUCCAGAGGAGUCAUCAUCAGUCUGCAGAGAAGCCAAGAAACGGCUCUCGGAGAGAUGGGCAUUGAUGGCAGCAUCCAGUGAGAAUUUGCAGGAGGAGAAAGUUAUUGAGAAGAAAGGUGGUAACAUUUCUUUAGGUGAUAUGCUUGCACUUUCAGAUUCUAUGACUGGUCUUAGAACUGAAGAAGCAAAUGAUGGUAAUGAAGAAAAUGGUUUCAGUAGAGAGCCAUUUAAAGGCCUUAUGAGGUCAAAAUCUCUCCCUGAAUCAUCCACAAGUCUUGCUCACAACAAGGGCAAGCCCAAAGUUCCCGAGGAGCUUACAAAGUCAAAGAGCUUGAAAUGGUCUCUGAAGGGUAAAGUCUCAAACUUUCUUUUCUCAAGGAGCAAGAAAGCAAGUGCUGAGAGAUCUAAUGAGGCAAAUCCUGAAAGCUUGGAGUCUCGUUGUAACGAUGAAUCAUUGUCUGCCAGAAGCAUGGUUUCUCAAGAGGCAAGACUAUCAACUUGCUUUCCAGCUUCAGUCUUGGAGACUUCAUCUGAUGAAGAUGAUGAAAUCUUUUUUAACUCCUCUGUUUUGAAUAGAUCAUCAUCCUCUUCUCUUGAACCGGAGAUGACGAUGUCCAACUUACUAGGCAAAUCUCCUUCCAUUGGUCGAAACUUCUCAUUCAACGACUCAACAGUAGCUAGGUGCCACUCAUCAAAACGCUCUACUACUACUUCCACAAGAGACGAGGAAGAAGACUUGCGUCUCCUCAUCAACACACUCUUAUCAUCAGCUCAUCUCGAUGAAGAGCCAGACUCAUCAUCCAUCAUAGACAAUCUUUUGUCUAAAUUGCAUUCUGUAGAAAGCCCAUUAGACCCAUCUCUGAGAGAGAGCUACGCAGACUCAACAGAACAGCAAAAACUUGGAUCAAACGUGAAGAAGCUAGUGUUUGACCUUGUUAAUACACUGCUCUUGGAGCUAACACCGAGCUAUCAUGGACAUGGUAGCCAUCAUAUGCUUCUUCUCUCUGGUAAGACGUUGGGAGUUUAUCUGAUAAAAAGAAUGCGAGAAUGUUUAAAGGGUAACGGAAGAGUGGAGUAUCGGUGGUGGGAUGAAGACAGAGACUUGAGCAGUUUGGCGGUGAAUAAAGUGGUGAGGACUGAAGUGGCGGAGAUUGGUUCGAAGGAGAGUUUGAGAUUGGAAAUGGAGUGCAUGGGAGAAGAAAUAGAGUUGAAGUUGCUGGAGGAGUUAGUGGAGGAGGUGUUGAUGGAUUUUUCAGAACAAUCCAAAUUCAUCAUUCCAAGUAUUUGUUAAUCGGAUGGAUGUAUAUUAUUAUAUGGUCUUCGUCGCGUGUAUAUGGUGAAUCACAUUGUUUUUUGUUUGGUUUCUAUUUUGGCGUGAAUGAUGAUUGAAAGUAGUGCUUAUA